CGGCCUCCCCGGGACGGUUUUUCCGGGUACACAGUGCCUCUCCCACUCUGGGUGGUUCCAUCUCUGCUCUCUCCAUUUCCCCGGCUUCAUCUCGGGAAUCUCACAGGAAGCUUAAAAUACUGCCACCAUGACUGACUCGAAGUAUUUCACCACUAAUAAGAAAGGAGAGAUAUUUGAGUUGAAGGCUGAACUGAAUAAUGAAAAGAAAGAGAAAAGGAAAGAAGCAGUUAAGAAAGUCAUUGCUGCUAUGACAGUCGGCAAGGAUGUGAGUUCACUGUUUCCAGAUGUGGUGAACUGCAUGCAGACAGACAACCUGGAGUUGAAGAAGCUGGUUUAUCUUUACCUCAUGAAUUACGCCAAGAAUCAGCCUGACAUGGCCAUCAUGGCUGUCAACAGCUUUGUCAAGGAUUGUGAAGAUCCUAACCCCUUGAUUAGAGCCCUGGCAGUCCGUACAAUGGGCUGCAUACGUGUGGAUAAAAUAACAGAGUAUCUUUGUGAGCCUCUCCGUAAGUGUUUGAAAGAUGAAGAUCCGUAUGUUCGGAAAACAGCUGCUGUCUGUGUAGCCAAACUGCACGAUAUCAAUGCUCAGAUGGUAGAGGAUCAAGGCUUCCUGGAUUCACUGCGAGACCUAAUUGCUGACUCAAACCCCAUGGUAGUUGCAAAUGCUGUGGCAGCACUGUCUGAGAUUAGUGAAUCCCAUCCCAACAGCAACCUGCUUGACCUCAAUCCUCAGAACAUCAACAAACUCAUCACCGCUCUUAAUGAGUGCACCGAGUGGGGUCAGAUCUUCAUACUUGACUGCCUAUCAAACUACAACCCCAAGGAUGAGCGUGAGGCACAGGGUAUCUGUGAGCGUGUGACUCCACGGCUUUCUCAUGCAAACUCUGCAGUUGUGCUUUCAGCUGUCAAAGUGUUGAUGAAAUUUAUUGAGCUUCUUCCUAAGGAUUCUGAAUACUACAACACCAUUCUGAAGAAGCUGGCUCCUCCUCUUGUCACCCUUCUGUCUGGAGAGCCAGAGGUCCAAUAUGUAGCUUUGAGAAAUAUCAACCUUAUUGUACAGAAAAGGCCUGAAAUUCUGAAGCAAGAGAUAAAGGUGUUCUUUGUGAAGUACAAUGACCCAAUCUAUGUGAAACUGGAGAAACUGGACAUCAUGAUCCGUCUGGCCUCUCAGGCGAACAUUGCCCAGGUCCUGGCAGAGCUGAAAGAAUAUGCCACUGAAGUUGAUGUAGACUUUGUGCGGAAAGCAGUUCGUGCCAUUGGCCGCUGUGCCAUCAAAGUUGAGCAAUCUGCUGAACGUUGUGUGAGCACGCUGCUUGAUCUCAUUCAGACCAAAGUGAAUUAUGUCGUCCAGGAGGCUAUUGUGGUCAUAAGGGAUAUCUUCCGCAAGUAUCCCAACAAGUAUGAGAGCAUCAUUGCAACCUUGUGCGAAAACUUAGAUUCACUUGACGAACCGGAUGCACGGGCAGCCAUGAUCUGGAUUGUGGGUGAAUACGCAGAACGAAUUGACAAUGCUGAUGAGCUGUUAGAAAGCUUCCUGGAUGGCUUCCAUGAUGAAAGUACCCAGGUGCAAUUGACCCUGCUUACGGCAAUUGUGAAAUUAUUCCUAAAGAAGCCAACCGAUACUCAGGAGCUGGUCCAGCAGGUCCUCAGUCUGGCAACACAGGAUUCUGAUAAUCCUGAUCUCCGUGAUCGUGGUUACAUUUACUGGCGCUUGCUGUCCACAGACCCUGUGGCUGCAAAAGAGGUAGUGCUGUCUGAAAAACCACUGAUCUCUGAAGAGACUGACUUGAUAGAACCAACCCUGCUGGAUGAGCUCAUCUGUCAUAUCGGCUCAUUGGCAUCCGUUUACCACAAACCUCCAAAUGCAUUUGUGGAGGGUAGCCACGGGAUUCAUCGCAAACACCUGCCAAUGCAAGUUGGAGGAAUUGAGCCUGAUAGUCCAGUUGGGCCAACCCCUGCAGCUAACUUGACUUUGGAGCAACAACCUCAAGUUAUUCCAUCCCAAGGUGACCUUCUGGGUGACCUGCUGAACCUUGACCUGGGACCCCCUGUCAAUGUACCACAGAUGUCUUCAAUGCAGAUGGGAGCUGUGGAUCUUCUGGGAGGUGGACUAGACAGUCUGCUUGGGGGCGAUCUUGGCGGGCCUACUGGUGGGAGUCCAGCGGUUGGUCAAAGCUUUAUACCAUCUUCAGUGCCAACUACAUUUGGGCCAUCACCAACCCCUGCUGUGCCAAGCAGUGGCCUGAGUGAUCUGUUUGAACUGUCAACUGGAAUUGGAAUGGCAACUGGAGGCUAUGUGGCUCCCAAAGCUGUAUGGUUACCCGCAGUGAAAGCUAAAGGCUUGGAGAUUGCUGGCACUUUUUCCCGACGGCAGGGUCACAUUUACAUGGAAAUGAGCUUCACAAACAAGGCGUUACAGCACAUGGUUGACUUUGCCAUUCAGUUCAAUAAGAAUAGCUUUGGGGUGAUCCCCACGACUCCACUUCCAAUUCACACUCCAUUGAUGCCAAAUCAGAGCAUUGAAGUCUCCUUACCGCUGAAUACCAUUGGCCCAGUGAUGAAAAUGGAACCGCUGAAUAACCUUCAGGUUGCUGUGAAAAACAACAUUGACGUCUUCUAUUUCAGUUGUCUGAUUCCACUGAAUGUGCUGUUUGUGGAGGAUGGGAAAAUGGAGCGCCAGGUCUUCCUUGCCACUUGGAAAGACAUCCCCAAUGAAAAUGAGCUUCAGUUUCAAGUUAAAGACUGCCAUCUAAAUGCAGACAUGGUAUCCAGUAAAUUGCAGAACAGUAAUGUGUUUACCAUUGCAAAGAGGAAUGUGGAAGGCCAGGACAUGUUGUACCAAUCUUUGAAACUAACCAAUGGGAUCUGGAUGCUGGCGGAAUUACGCAUUCAACCUGGAAAUCCCAACUACACGCUGUCUCUAAAGUGCAGAGCGCCGGAGGUGUCACAUUAUGUCUACCAAGUCUAUGACACGCUUCUGAAAAACUGAAGAUCAGAACAAGCUUGCCCAACAUAAUGGACGUAAAUGUCUUAUUACACUCCAUUCAGCAAAUACCACGAUCUGUGCAUAUGUGAAAUGGAUCGUAAACAAAAUAAAGUUUUUUUUUAAUGGAAAUGUACUGAUUAAAUGGUGAAAUCCACGAUUGUAUAUGUUUAAUCAAAGUUGUCAACUAGUCUUCUUUUGGUGCCAGACAUUUGUAUUUUGUUCGCUUACUUCCUAAACAAAAACCACUGUUGAGACCACUAUUUCAAGGCAAUGUUAUUCCAUCUGAUAUGUUUGUUGUGUGGCCAAGUUUGUUCUGUUUUAAAAAUUGCUUUAAAUGCUAUGUACAGUUAAUUAGGCUAUCGAAUUCGGGGACUAUACAGAUCCCUGUAGGACAGAUUAAUUGUUGUGGAAUGUCUUAACGAGGUGGGGUUAUGUUAAGGGGCAAGUACAGGGACCUGAAGUAACCCCUUGAAAUUUUUUUCCUACUGAAGAAUAUUUUUCAGUUGCUAAAGUUGCAUUUACUUGCAUCUCUACAGAAUGCCCUUUCAGAUGUCCUUUUGGUUCUGCUGCAGAAUCAUUGCAAGUUUUCCAACUGCUUUGUGUCGGAGCUCCUAUAAAGAAGCUCCAGUGGCCAAUGGCACUCACCCAUGUUCAUUUUUUGAUUGGAAGUUCUGCUGUCUUUGAGGCUGGUAUUUUCCGCUGAAGCUGCUGACUUCUCGAAGUUUUUUUUAGGUGGGAAUAUUGUAUUACUGCUGAAACUUGUGAAAUUUCCUGCUUUGGGACAGCCUCAAAAGUGUCUCCAAUUCUGAAGGUUUUGUUUGGAGUUAUAGUUGUAUGUGGCAUCGUACGUUGUCCUCAUACAAGGUUCCCGGUUUUUGUAAAUGAUCUGCUCUUGUUGCAGUUUGUUUUUAAAAUCCAUCACGUUCUCAAUAAACUGUUUGUCAAAAUAAUAAAAGUGGUGUGGUAAAGCAGAGGACAAUGUCUCACUGAAAUGCUAUUCGCUGUAUUUCGAUGGUGCAUUCACUGACCUGUAUUAUUGCCAGUCUACUUUGUAAUUGAAAUUUAUUUUCGGGUAUAAUACUCUGCGUGUUUAGGUGUCGCACUGAUUGUAUCUAUAUCAACUGGAUUAUUUUUUGGCUGUGUGUGAGUGACAAAUAGCUUGGCAUAUGUCUCUCCCAAGUGGUCACCUGGACUUUGACAGUCCAGAAUGAGGAUUAGAUUUUAUAGAAUUUCUCUUGAUUCAGCCUCGUUGAAUGUAUAUUCCAUUUGCUAGCUAGAUUAGUUCCAUGGCACCUUAAUCCCUAAUAACAGGGUGCUGGCAGGCUUUUGUACAUCCAGAAUGUUUGUUGGUCUGAAUGAGCCUUGAGUAGUAUGUCACUGUUGCAUACAGUCAAGUUCUGAAAGACCCCAGGGUGAUUGUCAUCUCUGAUCGCCAGCAGCAUGUGUUGUAUUGGAAUCUUGCCUUCAACAUUUUCAAGGUUGGUACCAUGCACUGUGUUCAAUAAUCAGAAAAGCACAUAAUGGAAACAUCACAGCAGGUUUAUCUCCUGCAGCACUUGACUUAUUUUUGUCUAAAAAUGUUUCACAGUGGGUUUACUUUUCAAACAAUUUUCUGCUUAGUUUUGUUUUGUGUCCUUGAAGAGUUAAAUGAACAGGACCUAGUAUCUCUCAAUCUUCAGAACUUGCUUCUGUUUUAAUGCUGGUGUACUUCACCAUGUAGAAUGCUUCAGAGGUCUUUUCCUGAUCUCCAGUGAUGUAGUCUCCUGUAAUGGAAAGCCAAGAGAAGUUAAUGUCAGCAAAAAGGUAAAUAUCUUCCUGUCUAAUUCUAACAGUUUUCUCUUCUGUCUGUUUCUUCGCAUCCUCUCCAUUGUCUGUUACCUUGCUGUACAACUCUGUCUCAGAUGAACAAAACUAAAUACUUGAUGACAAAGUGUGAAGCUGGAUGAACACAG